CUGUUCCCCUCAACCAAGGAGGGUUCUUUUGCUGCAGCGUCUUCAGAUCUGCUGCGUGGUAAUUCUACUGCUUCUUAUGGGCCUGACGUGUUGGAUGGCACUGAAUCAGGACGAGAUGAGAAAUUUCAUAUCUUCACAGUUGACUAUGAAUAUGUGCAAAUCCCUUAUGAAGUCACCCUUUGGAUACUGCUGGCUUCCCUUGCCAAAAUAGGUUUUCAUCUGUACCAUCGACUGCCCCACCUCAUGCCAGAGAGCUGCAUCCUUAUUGUGAUAGGAGUCUUGGUUGGUGGGAUUAUUUUUGGCACUCAACACAGGUCCCCACCAGUCAUGAAUACAAACAUUUACUUCCUUUACCUGCUUCCACCUAUUAUCCUAGAGGGAGGGUAUUUUAUGCCUACCCGUCCUUUUUUUGAAAAUUUUGGAUCCAUUCUUUGGUGGUCUGCUCUGGGCUCCCUCAUAAAUGCCUUCGGGAUUGGAUUCUCAAUUUAUGCAAUUUGCCAGAUUGCAGCUUUUGGCCUCCAAGAUGUGAAUUUACUUGACAGCCUGCUGUUUGGCAGCAUGAUCUCGGCUGUGGACCCUGCGUCAGUCUUGGCUGUUUUUGAGGAGAUGUCUGUUAACGAACAGCUUUAUAUGAUGAUUUUUGGGGAAUCUUUGUUAAAUGACGGAAUAACUGUGGUCUUAUACAACAUCUUCAUUAGCUUUACUCAGAUGCACCAAUAUGAAGACAUUGAGCCAGUCGACAUCUUGGCUGGAUUUGCUCGUUUCUUUGUGGUGGGUCUGGGCGGGCUGCUGUCCGGCGUCAUCUUUGGGCUUGCAGCUGCAUUUGUCACCCGAUUCACACAGAACAUUUCUGCAAUUGAACCGCUCCUUGUCUUCAUGUUCAGCUAUUUGUCAUACCUAGCCGCAGAAACUAUUUACGUUUCGGGUAUCUUGGCGAUUACUGCAUGUGCAGUAACUAUGAAGAAAUACGUAGAGGAGAAUGUUUCCCAGAAUUCCUACACAACAAUAAAGUACUUCAUGAAGAUGCUGAGCAGCAUUAGUGAGACGCUAAUAUUUGUGUUUAUGGGUGUGUCCACAGUUGGACGGAACCAUGAAUGGAACUGGGCCUUUGUUUGCUUCACGUUGGUCUUCUGCAUGCUUUGGAGGGCACUGAGUGUGCUUUUUCUGUUUAGCAUCGCCAACAAAUUCCGGACUUACCGAUUCACUCUUAAAGACCAGCUUGUUAUCAUCUACAGUGGUGUACGAGGAGCUGGCAGUUUUUCACUUGCAUUUUUGCUUCCUGCAGUUUUCUUCCCUAGAAAGAAAAUGUUUAUUACUUCUACUAUUGUAGUGAUAUAUUUUACAGUCUUCAUCCAGGGAAUUACCAUCGGGCCACUUGUAAAGUACCUUGGUGUAAAGAAGACCAAUAAGAAAGAGUCCAUCAAUGAGGAAAUUCAUGUGCGAUUGAUGGAUCAUUUUACUGCUGGAAUUGAAGAUAUAUGUGGACAUUGGAGCCAUUAUCAACUGAGAGACAAGUUUAAGAAGUUUGAUAACAGAUUUCUAAAGAAGAUCUUAAUACGUCAACACCAACCUAAAUCUAGCCUUGUUUCCCUAUAUAAGAAAAUGGAAUUAAAACAAGUCAUUGAGAUGGUAGAGAGUGGAGUGAUGAAGCCAACUCUUUCCAAAGCACCUGCUCAGGUUUAUAGAAAUCAAAGGACGCAAAGACCUGAAGAGGUGGAGUCCCUGCAGAAUAUGCUGGCACGUAAUCUGUAUCAAGUGAGGCAAAGGACACUGUCAUACAACAGACACCGUCUUGCCAAUGACACAAAUCAGGAACAAGCAAAAGAAAUCUUCAUCCGACGCCAGCACAGUCAGAGACAGCCUAUGAAGAAAGGAAAUAGCCUACCUUGGGGAGGACAGGCUGCUGUACGAAACAUGCGCUAUUUGUCUCUCCCCUAUGGCAAUGCUCAGCAAGCUAGAAGAGAAGCCAGGAAUUAUGACUUAUCAGGUGAUGACGACAGUGACUCGGAGUCUGUGUUCAUUACAUUAAGUUCACCAACUCGGUCAGGGUCAUCUCCAAAAAAGUGGCAACGUCAGGAAAUGCUUCCACUGCAACACCUACACUCAAGAGCUGGACCGGUUGGAUUUGCAGGUCACAGGCGAAGAGCAAAUCAGUCGAGGGAUAUGUAUUUGGUAAAAAAACCACUGUUACCCCCAAAGCCUCAACUGAAUGUAGUGCUUGAAAAUGAUAUUCAGGAAAAUGAGUCUGAAGAUGUGAUGGACAAAGCAGCCCUGCCUUCAACAUCCUCUGUCCGAUGGGCAGCAGACACCAGAAAUGGAAGACACUUUGAUGCAUCAAAAAGACAUUUCACUGGAAGAAAAGAGUGAUUAUUUCUCCCCUCCUGCCAUAGAACAGAUGGCAAUUUUCAUUCUCUGGACUGCGUUCUAAAAGAAACUGUUGAAGGCUUUCUGAUUCCAGUUUAGCCAAUGAGAAAUGUUUACACAGUUUGAUAUUAUGGGAUAAAUAAAAUGCUGG